CGAAGGAAGGAAGUGAGUAAAAGUUUAGAUUGAUCAUAUAUUAGUUUAAAAAGAUCACAUAUUGUACAAAUAACCAUUGUACGCGAGUGAAAAUAUCGUUCAUAUAAAAUAGACGUUAAAAUAUAUUGAAUAAAGAUGCCCGUAAUAGACCCAAAUUCGUUGGUAAAUCUCCAAAAAGACAUUGAGCGUGUGCGUAAUAUCUGCAUUUUAGCACAUGUCGAUCACGGAAAGACCACACUAGCUGACUCACUUGUUGCUAGCAAUGGCAUAAUUUCUCAACGUAUGGCAGGAAAACUACGUUACCUGGACACACGUCAAGAUGAGCAGGAACGUGGCAUAACCAUGAAGAGCAGCAGCAUAUCGUUGUAUUAUCGUGGCAAUGCUAAAAAUGGUAGCGAACAAGAUUAUCUGGUUAAUCUGAUCGAUUCUCCUGGACAUGUUGACUUCUCCAGUGAAGUCUCCACAGCUGUACGUUUGUGCGAUGGCGCAAUCGUUGUGGUUGAUGUAAUCGAAGGUGUUUGUCCGCAAACACGCUUAUGCUUAGAACAAGUUUACAAAGAGCAACUGAAGCCUGUUUUGGUACUAAAUAAAAUUGACCGUCUCAUAAUGGAAAGGAAGCUUAAGCCGUUAGAUGCCUAUUAUCACAUACGCCAAGUUUUAGAGGGUGUAAAUGCUGUACUCGGCAGUAUAUUUGCUUCGGAUGUGCUAGCAAAGGAAGAUAUCACUAAGAAGGACGACUAUGAGUCAGCGUUGGAAGAUUCAGACGAUUCAAAAUUAUACUUCUCUCCAACUGAGGGAAAUGUUAUUUUUUGCUCUGCCUAUGACGGCUGGGCUUUCUCAGUGAGUGACUUUGCCAGAAUCUUUGCAGACCGUUUAGAAAUGUCGCAAAUAGACUUGGAACAAGUACUUUGGGGCGACUUUUAUUACAAUGUCAAAAAGAAAAGUGCCUUCCCUGGUGCGCAGGAAAAGGCAAAGAAACCGAUAUUCGUACAGUGCAUACUGGAUAAUAUAUGGGGUAUCUACGAUGUUGUAGCAAUCCGUAAGGAUAUGGUAAAACUUCAAAGCGUCGCCGACACAUUAGGCAUUAGACUGCAACCGCGUGAUUUGCGUAACACCGACCACAGAGCUCAAAUAAAAGCUGUGCUCGGUCACUGGCUGCCCAUCGAUCGAACCGUCUUGGAGAUGGUGGUGCGUCAUGUACCCGCGCCAAAUGUUAUUUCCAAUGAGCGCGCCGAAAGGCUACUCUUUCAACAAAAUGCCAAGUUAGACAGUUAUCCAGCUGAGACAUUAUUGUUAAAAGAAGAGUUCAAAAGAUGUGACAGCAAAAGUGAAAACAUCAUUGUAUUUGUUUCCAAGAUGGCACCUGUGCAUGUCUCACAACUGCCGCAAAAUAAGGAGAAGCACCUCACUGAAGAGGAACUGAGAGCACGACGAGAAGAAGUGCGCCGGCGCAUUGAAGCGCGUAAACAAGCGGCAGAAAAUGCGAAUUUAGAAAAUCUUACGGCUGGCGUACAACAAUUGAAUGUUGCAGAAACGUCCGUUGUGCCUUCAAGUAGCAGUGAAUGUCAAGAAGAGUCCAGACAAGAAGAACCAGAAAAGCCUGAUCACGUUUUUGUUGCAUUUGCCCGCAUCUUCAGUGGUACUCUGCGACCGGGCAUGCGCUUGUACAACUUAGCACCUAAACAUGACCCUCGAAAUAAAGAUCAGUUAAAUUUGGACUCGCCUUACAUAAGCGAGGUGACGAUCGGUGAUCUGUACAUGUUUAUGGGCGGCGAAUUGCAAUCGCUGGACGAAGUGCCAGCUGGUAACAUUGUGGGCAUUGGCGGCCUGGAUCAGGAUAUCAUCAAGACAGCAACAUUGAGUAGCACCAUGAACUGCACAUCGUUUAGCGAACUCAACCUGAUGGCUACGCCUGUGUUGCGUGUGGCUAUUGAGCCAGUGAAUCCGCAAGACUUACCCAAACUUGUGAAGGGUCUUAAAUUGUUGAAUCAGGCUGAUGCAUGUGUGCAAGUAUCGAUGGCGCCCACCGGUGAGCAUGUUAUCACCACUCUGGGCGAAGUGCAUGUGGAGAAGUGUGUGCGCGACCUGGAAGAGAGCUAUGCCAAGAUAAAAAUCAAUGUUUCUGAACCUAUAGUGUCUUUCCGUGAGACCAUAGUACCUGAAGCUACAAUGGAUAUGGUCAAUAUGGCUAUAGUAAAGACGGCCAGCGAUAAAGACAUAACUAAAAAGAUUAUCACCCAGCAAACAGCCAACAAGUUGGGCACACUACGCAUUAUAGCGUUGCCGCUUCCAGAAUCUACUACUACCGUGCUAGAAACAUACCACAGCUUCAUUAAAGAGUUGACAGCAAAUAGCAAAAGCGUUGCAGUGUCUGAAAAAUACGUCGCGUUUAUAGCUCAGCUAAAAGGGCAAAUUUGUAACAGUUUGUGUGAGUUAGAACUUAAGGGUCUGUCAGAGCUAAUGCCGAACAAGUUGGUGGAUCGUAUCUGGGCACUCGGUCCGCACAAUUGCGGUACUAAUAUACUGUUCAAUUUGAGCGACUAUGAGCAACCGAAUUUUUGGCAGUCGCUGACAAACCAAACGGAUAGUGAUGCCGUUACUAAAGUGACGAGCGACGUGCGCAGAGAUUAUAAUAGCUCAUUUGUCAAUGGCUUUCAGUUGGCGACCGCUGCUGGGCCACUUUGCGAGGAGCCGAUGCAAGGCGUUGCUUUUGUGGUGCUCGAGUGGUCGGUCCAGGAGGGAGACGAUUUGAAUUCCAAGUCUUUUGGUCCAUUUUCUGGGCAAGUGUUGACUGCAGUGAAGGAAUCUUGUCGCAUGGCGUUUCAGGCGCAACCGCAACGUUUAGUUAGCCCUAUGUUCAGUUCUACAAUUGUGGUGAAUGCAGAAGUUUUAGGUGAGUCAAAGCAACCGGGUCAUAAAAUACGCCGCACCCAUAUGCUCGCCUGGACGUAG